AUCUAUAUAUUCAGAGAAGCGCAGUCAGCGGCAUUUAAAGGAACCAGCGCGUUUACUUCAGCUGAACACACCGGUGAACCUCUGACAGAAACUUGCUGAAAUGGCGAAGAAAGAGCAAACCGCUGUAAUCGAGUGCGCGCAGCAGUUGCGCAACAUCGGAGAUCUGUUGAAUUGGAAAUACAAGUUACUGGAGCUCAUAGUAACACUCCAGAAAAUACAAAUGGAGGGGAAGCGAUGAGAAAAGACGUCUUUGAGAAGGGAUCUGUACCUGCUGUGCUACAUUGAUCCAAUAUGCUCUCCGACAACUAAAGAGGAUCCGUUUCUGGAGGCGCGCGGCGAGGAGUGUCCGCUGCCAGCAACAACAACAACAAAAAGUCGAACUAGGAGUUUCUCCAAAGGUGAAAUACUCGGAUAGGAUGGCUGCUGUUGACAUAAAAACACCCAGACCCAUUUCUGGGCUGUUUUUGAGCCAUGUUUAUCUGCUUCUUUAAGGAAUUGUGAACUUUGUCAACAGGAAGAUGCAAGUGUUUACAACUCGCUGCACUUCCCAAAUAACUCAGGAACUCUAUGAACUCUAAAGGGGAGAUGGUGCGAAAUGGAUGCCCUGGUUUACAGCAGCAGUUGCUCUUAACAUAAUAAGGGAAUAUAUCUGAUAUCCAAGGACUGGGAACCGACAUCAUUCGAUCAGUUGGAAAAGUAUCAGUCUCAAAACUGGAGCUUAAAUGAAAGUGAAAGUUCUAAAUGAAAUUCAGCCAUUUUAAAGCAUAACGUGGCCAAAUACAUUUUUGUUCCAUUUUUUUUUUUGUUCUGAGUACCCAUUUUCAUUUUUGAUAGGCCUACUUUUCAGUUGAAUCACAUGAAUAUUGAUUUUUUUUUUUCAAUAAAAUGCAUUGAUAAAUGUUUGUUUACGUCGCUUAAUGUAAAGGUAUUGGGGUUAGUCAAUGUUGCUUUUGAAACGUAAAGCAUAUAUAUAAUUUGCGUAUUCAGUUUUUAUUAUGAUAUAUGCUGUUUGUGAAAUGCAAAUGGUUAAUUGAUUUAUCACCUGUAAUGGUAUCAUGUGACCACAAUGAAAAUAUUUAUGCUGUGUAAGGUUUACUUUGGCUACUUUGAAACUUUCUAAUGUAUUUAUGAUGUUUUCUGGAUGUAAUAAACAUAAACAAGACAAAUCAA